AUGUCCGAUACUAUUCCGCUUCUGCCUGAGGCUUUUGACAAUUCUCUAUCCCAAAUCUUGUCAGAUAAUAACAUAAGGGCACGUGCUACUGGACCUACAAAUUCACAGAAUGCUUCUGAUGAGACUAUUAUACAUCGACAUCGUCGUGAAGGGUCUGCGACUCAAGAUCCCAGCAGAUGCUGCAAGAAGCCCUCAACACACCAGAGAAAGGCCAAAUAUCCCAUCGCCUUUAUUGCUUCUACUUGGGGACUUCUGACUAAUAUUGAGAGAGCUAUUAUCAUUCCAACGAUGUGGCUUUUCUUUACAACCUAUUGGGGUCCCGAAACAGCAGCGGAUUUCUACGGUAGUACUCUUGGAGUUUUCAGUCUGUCCAUUCUAAUUGCCACUCCUAUCUUUGGCUAUGCCGGUCACUAUGGUGUUAGUGUUAAAUUCCUUCUUCUUCUUGCUAAUCUUCUUGAAAUUUUGGGAAACCUUGCGUAUCUAUGGGCCUAUAGUCCUUGGGCUGUGUUUAUGGGACGCUUACUGGCUGGCAUUGGAGCCAGCUGUGAGCCUCCAAUGUAUGCUGAUCUCACCCGAUCAACGGAGAUUAAUGAACGAACCCCCUUCAUCAUCGUUCUCCUACUUUCACGCCAAGUUGGUCUUAUUUUCGGUCCAGCUUUUACUCUCAUUUUGAAAAAGCUAGAUUUACGCAUAUUCGAUAUGAAAGUAAAUGUUUACAAUGGUCCCGGAUUGGUUAUGGCUUGUCUCUGGAUUGUUCAUUCUAUUCUAAUCGUGAUCUUCUACCCAAAUUUGGAUAAAUCUGGGGCUUAUGCUGAUGAGGCUUCAAAAAAUGCACAAACUGCAAUUGCUAAACAGAAUGUGGAUGUUCCAGGCAAUAAGGGUGAGGUUCGUUUUAGUGGAUUUAAACAAUUCAGCUUCCUGACUCUUUAUGCAAUUACCUUUGCAUCCUACUACUCUGUAAUGGCCCUAGAAUCAGUACUUUCUCCCUUAGCGAAUCGCGCAUUUGAUUGGGGGCCUAUUGAAGUUAGCUACAUAUACAUCGCCUGUAGUAUUCUCGUUAUCGUUGUCUCCCUUAUCAUGCAUUUCAUGUCAAAGUGUGUUGAGGAUCGAAAGCUGAUCUGUAUUGGUCUGAUAUUCCUCGUAACUUCCUAUCUCUACCUCACAAUUGUAACGUACACUCUUGAUUCCCUUGGAGAAUCGGGAAAAGUCCUUGUUAUUGUCGGUGUAGCUCUUCAUGUCAUCGGAAUGCCUUUCCCCCUAGCAAUUUCUGAGUCUCUUUACACUAAGUUUGUCCCUGCACCACAUCUAGACAAAGCCCAAACUAUCCUGAGAACUAUCAUCAAUGUCGCCUUUUUACUCGGUCCGUUUGUUGGAGGUAGUCUACAGGCGCAUCCCACCAUUGUCUUCUUUUCUAUGCUUAUGAUCAAUUUCAUUCCAAUUACAAUGCUCCUCUGCAAGUUCUCCGAAUUUCGAGUGCCUCCGGAGCUGCAAACUGAACGGUUGUCGGAUUCACAUCUUAAUGUAUAA